AUGGAGAACGCGAACCAGCCAUGUGCGGCAAGUGCAGAUGCCAACUUUAACUACAACUCACCAGUAAUUCUUAUCACAUUCGUCCUAGGAUUGGCUGGAAAUACAACUGCCCUGUGGAUCUUCUGCUUUCACGUGAAAUCCCGGAGACCAAACGUUGUGUACUCGCUAAACCUGAUGAUCGCUGACACUCUGUUGAUGUGCUGCAUACCUUUUCGAGCCCAUUAUUUUAUCAAAGAGAAGGACUGGAUCUUCGGUGAUGUGCCCUGUCGCCUAAACGUCUUCAUGAUCUCCCUAAACCGGGUUGGCAGCGUCAUCUUCCUGAUGGCCAUAGCCGUCGAUCGCUACUUUAAGGUGGUCCGCCCGUUUCACAAAGCCAACAAGAUAACUCCAAGGUGUGCGGCGAUGUUAGCAGGAGCCCUGUGGGUCAUGGCAGUGGGGAUUUGUUUACACUUGUUGGUAGAGCCACACCAUUUCCAUCAAAAUAACAUCACCAGGACCUACUGUGAACCAUUCAACAUAACCAACCCUCACGAGCCCACCGCAAUUUGGACGGACACUGUGUUUAUAUUCUUUACGUUCAUUUUACCGGUCUCCGUUAUAGUUUUCUCCAGCUCCUGCAUCAUCUGGAAGUUAAGGCAGAUGGAGACUGAGAUGAGGCGUAAAUAUAAGCGCACCGUGCAGCUUGUGAUAGCUGUGGUCGUGGUCUUUGUUAUUUGUUUCUUGCCCACCAACAUUGCCGUGGUCGCCGUUUUAGUUACAAUGCAAAAUCCCAUAGACUGCAAGAAAUACAUCACCGCUGUUAAUAUCUUCUACAACACGUUGUUCGUGACAUACCUGAACAGUGUGAUCGACCCAGUGAUUUACUAUUUUUCAAAUUCAGCAUUCAGGGAUGCGUUGAGGAAAGCUCUCGUUCAUCUAAAUUUAAGGUCUUGCAAAUCAGCUACGAGUCAAGAUAAUGAACAAGGGGAAUCCCAAGGACAGACAUUGGAUCAACAAACGACCUCUGUAACCCACCUCUGA